CUAUAUUAACUCUUUGUUUCUUUCUCUAUCUACUACCCCCAUCCCCACAACCCCACUACCCCAAAGCUAAGGGAGGAGGCCCUUUUUGCUUACCAGCAAUAGCAUCAGCACCACCCUCUCUACCCAAAACAAAGACAAUAGCAUAAUGAGAGGAAUAGUAGAAAGAAAUAAAAACAAAAGGUGGUAGAGGUAGAUAGAUGCAUGAGUGAGUAACAACAACAACUACUCCCUACAAUUACAAACACAAUCUCCACCUCUUUCUUUUCAGUUUUCUCUCUCUUUUUCUACCACCCACAGCCUCUUCUCUUUAUGUAUUCACCUUCUAGUCUUACCAAAUUCUAGAUUCCAAAUUCUUGAUUUCCCCCUCGGUUCCCACGCUAGCUUCACCAACCACUUUUCUUCUUCCUCUUACUGUACAAUCUUGUUGUAGUUUUUAAGUCUUCUUCUCUUAAAUUGUCACUCUGCUGUAGGCAUAAAUUUGGCGAGCUAUGGUGAGCAUCCGAAGGCGUAAGCUGUUAGGACUUUGUUCUGGACGAAGCUCGUUCUUGGUCCCACUUCCAAAGUUCUCUGAGAAUGGACACAUUGCCGAAAAUUGUUUCCUGAACAACAAAUCCACAAGUGUCCAUCCAAUGCCGUCAACUGAUAUUGAUGAGUCAAAAGAGAAAACUGCUGUAAAGGUUGUUCCUGGAUCAUCAAAAGGUCAUGCCUCUGGCUCCUUGAUUGAGCAAACCGCCCAACAAUUUCCAGUUAUUCCAGAAGUUAAACGCAGAAAGCGACACAGGAGGAAGCACUUUGAAAACCAAGAACCAUGUCUCAUGAGAGGUGUCUACUUUAAGAAUAUGAAAUGGCAAGCUGCAAUAAAAGUUGAUAAGAAACAAAUCCACUUGGGUACAGUUGGCACUCAAGAAGAAGCUGCUAGACUGUAUGACAGGGCUGCUUUUAUGUGUGGGAGGGAACCGAAUUUUGAAAUCUCAGAGGAGGAGAAGCAGGAACUAAGACAAUUCAAAUGGGAUGAAUUUUUAGCAUUUACGCGCUCCGCAAUUACUAAUAAGAAAACUCGAAGACGAAGUGGGGCUGGUUCACGGAGGAAAUCUGAGCCUUUAACUUCAACACCGAAUAGUGAGGAGGAGGAGGAAGAGGAGGAGGAGGGAGGGGAGCCAGAAAGCAAUGGUUUUUCAGCCUCUGAAGAUAUAGAACAAGACAUAUCGUUCUCUUGAUCCUGUCUCCCUCCUUUCUCUGCUGAAAGAAAUAGUGCUAAUGAUUUUAUUAAGCUGUCCAGCCACGUACUAAUUAGAACUCCAUGACUCUUAUCAUUCGUAUAGAUUUAUUUACACACAAGUAUAGGUGCCCCUAUUAGGGCAAUAUGAUGAUAUGUCUUCCUAUUGUUUAAGGUAAUUGAGUUUGAUUACUAUGCAUAUCUUGAGAUGUAUUGUCAUGCUUGAUGAAGUGGACUUUGACAAAUGGAAGCAA